GGAACCCACAAUAUAGAGUUUUGAUCAUUUGUUGACGAAACCAUAAGAUGAGACUCUGAUAUCUGAUCCCACCUACACCGUUUUUAGUUUGGAGAGCGGGUCAGACGAGAUCGCACCCUUAUAUCGGCUUAUAUAUAGGAUGUCUCCUCAAACUUUUCUCUCUUCACAUUUCUUAUUCUUUUACACAUUUCUGCUUCUUCACAUCUCACAGCUACCUAACUACACACACAGAUAUGGAGACCAUCCUCUUCACCUCGGAAUCUGUCAAUGAAGGCCAUCCCGACAAGCUUUGUGAUCAAGUCUCAGAUGCCAUCCUUGAUGCUUGCCUGGAACAAGAUCCGGAAAGCAAAGUUGCCUGCGAGACCUGCACGAAAACUAACAUGGUCAUGGUCUUUGGUGAGAUUACGACCAAGGCUAAAGUAGAUUAUGAGAAGAUAGUUCGAGAUACUUGCAGGGGCAUCGGGUUCACAUCACCUGAUGUUGGUCUUGAUGGCGACCACUGCAAGGUCCUCGUCAAUGUUGAGCAACAGAGUCCUGAUAUUGCCCAAGGGGUUCAUGGACACCUUACCAAGAAGCCUGAGGAAAUUGGAGCUGGCGACCAAGGCCACAUGUUUGGCUAUGCUACUGAUGAAACACCAGAGCUCAUGCCUCUAACUCAUGUCCUUGCGACCAAGAUUGGUGCCAGGCUUACUGAGGUGCGGAAGAAUAAGACUUGUCCUUGGAUGAGACCCGAUGGUAAGACCCAAGUGACUGUUGAGUACCGGAACGAGGGUGGAGCCAUGGUCCCUAUUAGAGUUCACACAGUUCUCAUCUCAACCCAACAUGAUGAGACCGUAACAAAUGAGCAGAUCUCCAAGGAUUUGAAAGAGCAUGUGAUUAAACCUGUCAUCCCGCCCCAAUACAUGGAUGAUAAAACCAUCUUUCACCUUAAUCCCGCAGGUCGAUUUGUCAUUGGUGGACCGCAUGGUGAUGCAGGACUCACCGGACGGAAGAUAAUUAUUGACACCUACGGCGGCUGGGGUGCUCAUGGUGGAGGUGCUUUUUCAGGGAAGGAUCCUACUAAGGUGGACAGGAGUGGUGCAUACAUUGUUAGGCAGGCAGCCAAAAGUGUGGUGGCUUCUGGACUUGCUCGCCGUUGUAUUGUUCAGGUUUCUUAUGCGAUUGGCGUGCCAGAACCACUUUCUGUGUUUGUUGACACUUACAAUACAGGUAAGAUCCCGGACAGGGAUAUAUUGGCUCUGAUUAAGGAAAACUUUGACUUUAGGCCAGGAAUGAUCGCAAUCAAUCUUGACCUCAAGAGAGGAGGCAAAUUCAGGUACCAGAAGACCGCUGCUUAUGGUCACUUUGGCCGUGAUGACCCAGAUUUCACUUGGGAGACCGUUAAGAUCCUCAAGCCAAAAGCUUGAGUUCAUGGAUUAGCCUUGUAAUGUUCUCUGCAAAAGGACUUCCUGUGCCAUCUUUCUGGUUGCCGAGGAUAAGAAGCUUCAUUGCAUAUACUUGUAAUGUUGAAGUUCAUUUCUCAAGGCUAUGGUUGGGAGGCAGGAAUACUUGUGCUUCAAGUCAAAUCGUUACAAUUAUAGGAGCCUAGGGUGUUUGGUUCAUUUUCUUUUUGACCUUUUUUCCUUUUACCUUUUUCUUGUUCCUGCAAGUAAUUGUUUCCAGCAAAUCACUUGUUCUGUUGCUCUCUUUUGUAGGAAUUCUUAUUUGAAUUUUUCAAAUUUUGAAUUUAUCAACCAGUUCUUAUGGACUA